UGAACGAACCAAUGAUAUUUCCGGGUUUGUGAGAAGAGAAUUCUAUCAAUCGCCUCAGACAACCAAUCACUAAGCGUAUCUGCAGAAGUGGGCGUGGCCUUAAAUAGCCUCUGCUAGCUAAUGCUAGAAGAAAAUCGAUCCAGGGAAUUUUUACAAAACGAAACCAGAUCGAUUGAUCAAAACAGGGAGAGGGCGUUACAACUGCUGCAGGAGGUUUACCUGCAAACCUUCAAGACUCCCCAAUGGCUACCGACAUGCCCAUGGACACAGUGCCGGCUCCUCACUCUGCCCCGGCCUCACCCCCGGACUCCACCCCAGCCUCAAAUCCUGUUCUGAGCCCCAGUACAGCCCAAGACCAGAUUCCGACCCAGGAGCCAGCAAUAGCUGAAACUCCCGACACAACGGUGACCCAGGAACACAAUGCUGUUCCAGAUCUCACUCAGGCUCAGCCUACAGACCCUGAUGCGUCACUAGGCCUUACUUCAGGUUCUGAGCCACCUCCAGCCUCUCAGCUGCCGCCACCACCAGCCAGCGCUCAGAACCCCAGUUGCAAGAUAAUGACCUUCCGGCCCACCAUGGAGGAGUUCAAAGACUUUGCCAAAUACAUUGUCUACAUGGAGAGUCAAGGAGCUCAUCGUGCUGGCCUGGCUAAGGUGAUACCCCCAGAAGGCUGGAAGCCCCGCAAGUCCUAUGACAGCAUUGAGGACAUGGUGAUUCCAGCACCCAUCAUGCAGGUGGUGACCGGUCAGUCGGGUCUGUUCACCCAGUACAACAUCCAGAAGAAGUCCAUGACUGUGGGCGAGUACCGCAAGUUGGCCAACAGCAAAAAGUACUGCACACCGCGCCACAAAGACUUUGAUGACCUAGAGAGGAAGUACUGGAAAAACCUGACAUUUGUGUCACCCAUCUAUGGUGCUGAUGUCAGUGGAUCCAUUUAUGACGAGGACAUUCAGGAGUGGAACAUUGGCCAUCUCAACACGCUGCUGGAUAUGGUGGAGCAGGAGUGCGGCAUCGUCAUAGAGGGUGUUAACACUCCCUACAUGUACUUUGGCAUGUGGAAGACCACAUUUGCCUGGCACACCGAGGACAUGGACCUCUACAGCAUCAACUACCUUCACUUUGGGCAGCCAAAGUCUUGGUACGCCGUCCCACCUGAGCAUGGAAAGAGGCUGGAGAGGCUGGCACAAGGCUUCUUCCCUGGCAGUUCCCAAGGCUGUGACGCCUUCCUUCGCCACAAGAUGACGCUGAUAUCGCCAUCCAUCCUGAAGAAAUAUGGCAUUCCCUUUGAUAGGAUAACUCAAAAUGAAGGGGAGUUCAUGAUCACCUUUCCCUAUGGCUACCAUGCCGGCUUUAACCAUGGCUUCAACUGUGCUGAAUCCACAAACUUUGCCACCUUGCGCUGGGUGGACUAUGGAAAAAUGGCUACCCAGUGUACCUGCCGUAAGGACAUGGUGAAGAUCUCCAUGGAUGUGUUUGUGCGCCGCCUGCAGCCGGAUCGCUAUGACUUGUGGAAGCAGGGCAAAGACAUCACAGUGUUGGACCACCUUAAGUCCACUGAGCUCAGCAGCCCUGAACUGGAGUCUUGGAGGCAGCAUCGUGUCACUUUCCGAGCCAACCUCCUGCGAAGGGCCAUGCAAAAGAUGAAGCAGGUCCGUCGUCUAAAGCUGGAAGAGGUGAAGGUGCUGGCAGAGGAGGGCAUCCAGCUGGAUGCUGCUGACUACCAGCGUCAGGUUGAGGAGCGCGAGGCCCAGCGGAGGCAGGAGAGGGAGGAGCGUCUAGCCAAAGAAGCUAUGAUGACCCUGGAGGCCAUGGAGCGUGAGGAGAAGGAGGCUGCUGCUAAAGCCGCAGAGACUUCGACUGCAGAGGCAGCAAAAGAACCCGAGGCCAAACCGCAGAACGUCACAGAGGACAUUGAGAAAAAGAAGCAGAAAAAGCAGAAAAAGAUGUCAAAUACUGAGAGCUCCAGCACUGGGUUCCAGGAAGCAUUUGAGCAGUUUGCUACAACUGGAAACAAUAAUUCAAAGAUUACCGUGGGUGCGAGUGACAUCCCAGCAGACAACAAGCUGGAUGUGAGUGCCACCCAAGCAUGCUACUCCAAGAUGAAGAUGCCAACAGAGGUCAAAAAGAGUCGCCGUCACCCCCUUAGCAAGCCGCCCACACGGUCCCCUCUGUCCAUCGUCAAGCAAGACCCUACAAUAGACAAAGAGCUGUCCUCCCCCAUGCCACUGGACAGUGACAUGAAGAAACAGGAGCACCUAUGGCAGAAUCGCUCACCCAACUUCCUGGCAGAGAAGGCCUUCAAUGCUGCUGUGGCAGUACUCCAACCACACUGUGCUAUCUGCUCACUCUUCUGUCCAUACACAAAGCCACACAAAGAAAUCUUCAGUGACUCUCUUCCCCGUCAUGGCAGUCUAACUCGUCCUCUGGUCCCAGAGAUGUGCUUCAGCGUUGGGGCAGGCAACACUGAGCCUCCACCCACCAACUAUCACAUCGGAGAGGAUGGGACUAGUCUUCUGCUUCGCUGUACUUCUUGCCACAUGCAGGUUCAUGCCAGUUGUUAUGGUGUGAAGCCAGACUCUGUCGGUGAGUCGUGGACGUGCUCCAGGUGUGCAGCAGGUGCCUGGACAGUGGAGUGUUGUCUCUGUAACUUGAGGGGAGGAGCUUUGAAAACUACCACAGACAACCGGUGGGUCCACGUCAUCUGUGCCAUCGCUGUGGCUGAAGCUCGCUUUGUUAACGCCAUCGAGAGAGAGCCAGUGGACGUCAGUGCUGUUCCAGAAACACGCAAGAAUCUGAAGUGCGUGUUCUGCCACGGCAAGAACGCCAACCAGAACCGCGGCGCCUGCAUCCAGUGCUCAUACGAGAACUGCGCCACCUCUUUCCAUGUCACCUGCGCCCAAAUUGCCGGAGUAGUCAUGACGCCAGCCGACUGGCCCUAUGUGGUAUCCGUCACCUGCCACAGGCAUAAAAGGGUUACUCCAAAGCCUCGGACAGCACCUAAAAGCAUCCAGGGUCCGAACCUGGGUCAGAGGGUGAUUGGUCGCAAUAGUGACGGCUGGUACUACCACUGCACCAUCAUCGGCAUAGCAACGCAGACGUUCUACGAGGUCAACUUUGAAGACGGCUCAUACUGUGACAAUCUGCACCCAGAAAACAUACUAAGUCAUGACUGCUUGCGGAGUGGUCCUCCUGAGGUGGGGGAGUUGAUUGUGGUCAGCACACCCGAGGGUCAAGUCCUCAAUGCUUCUUUUGUCAAAGAGCACAUCCACAAAUUCUACCAGGUUGAGUUUCAGGGCCAGAGUCAGCUGAUACUAAAACACUCAGAGAUCCAUCAGCUGGACCAGGAGCUACCCAAGAGGGUCCGAGCCCGUCUUGCCAUACCUGUACCCCAGGAAGAAGUUUCCUCAGCAGAUGAGGCCCAAGCAGCCAAACGUCGCCGCCUUCCCUCCGGCUCCGCCCUGCCCGCUGAUACCCCAAUGGAGACGACAGAUCAACCCACCUCCCUAGUGAGCACGCCCCGAGUAGCAGCACCAGCAGCAGAACAUCACAGUAUUAAUGCACUGCCGAGCUCACAGCCUCUGUCCCAGCUCAGCGACACCCCCACCCCAGCCAGCGGUGUUCAGAUGGACGCUCAGACCUCAAUGGACACGAGCGCCGCUCUGUCCAACGCUCAAACAGAGUCAGACCUGGCUUCAGACCCCACGCUGACUCUGCACUCAACCCCUUUUCAGUCGACGUUGAACUCUGACCCCCUCCUGUCCGCCUCGUCCCCUCAGCCACCUCUGCAGCACAUGUCCGAAAGCUACACGCCGAGCAGCGGCUACGUUUCCUAUAUGGAGACCCUCCUCCAUUCACAUUUCCCUCAAUACGAUGGCCAUGGACACCUGUAUUAAAAACCAACUCCACUAUGUUGUUACUCAGCCACUGGAGGCUGAGCCAAUAGGAAGUAAGCUAAUGGAGGCGGAUUCUACUGAGUGCUGUAUUAAUGGACAAAAACAUUUCCCACACCGGCUCUGAGAGCUCAAGGCGGGAGUAUGAAAACACACGGACACACAGGCACUCUUUUAAUGCAUGUUACUUUUCUAUUUUUGAGUUAAUGUAUUUGCAGUGGUGCUUUAGCCUGCUCUGAAGCAGCAGCUAAGGAGGACAAGGCUUUUUUAAUUUAAUAAUAUUAUUAUUUGUUUUUUUGUUUUUUGUUUUUUUAGCUUUUUCAGAUUUUGGUCAGCUGCUGUGCUUUUCGCCUCCAUCAUGAUAUAAAAACACGUCUCUGGGUGGUAUCAACUCCAUACCUCGUUGCAUUAAUUCUACAACAGCACACUCACAUUUUUUUGUACAAGAAGCUAAUUACUAAGACAGCCUCUCAGCAGUGAGGCCCUGGUGGACUUCACUACUUUUCUCUCUCUCUCUCUCUCUUUUUUUUUGGAAUCAAAUAACCAGCAACAAAAUAUCUAUUUUUCAAUCCAGCUUUGAAACUGUUUGGUGGAACUAAACUGGUCAAUUACAGACACAUUUUCAACUCGGUGUUGCAAGAGGAAAAUGGGG